AUGCCUCUUCCAGCUAUGAUCGACGUCGAGAAGAACGCAGUAACUACAGAAGCCAGCAUCGGUGAAGCCGAGCAAGGCAUUGAGGAAAGCUUUGGACCGGCGCGAGAUGAAGAAACUGGUUUUCACCAGCGCGGCGGGCAGCACGACCACAACGCCGAGAAGAAUGAUCCGGACCUUGUUGAUUGGGAUGGACCGAACGACCCAGCGAAUCCCAUGAACUUCAGCAAAGCUAGGAAAUGGUGGAUAUCGAUCUUGACAGCGCUCUUGACCUUUGUCAUCAGUUUUGGCAGUUCAGUCUUCUCAGCUACCACAUCAGUCACCGCUGAUCACUUUGGCGCAAGCCAGGAAGUCAUGAUCUUGGGAGUGACGCUCUAUGUUGUGGGCUUUGCUUGCGGCCCUCUCGUCUGGGGACCUCUGAGCGAAAUAUAUGGCCGCCGUAAUCCUCUCAUGAUCGGCUUCUUUGGCUUCAUCGUCUUUCAAAUCCCAGUGGCCGUCGCAUCUAACCUUCAGACCAUCUUUAUCUGCCGAUUCCUUGCUGGCUGCUUCGGGUGUGCACCUCUCGCUAUCUGUGCUGGAAUGUACGUCGAUUUCUGGGACUCCAAAGAUCGAGGUAUCCCAACCAUCGGCUAUGCUGGAGCUGUGUUUGCAGGGCCGACCAUGGGCCCAAUCGUUGGAGAAUUCACCGUCAAGAAUACUGCUCUCGGCUGGCGCUGGACCAUCUGGAUUACUAUGAUAAUGGGUGGUUUUUCCUUCUUGCUGGCACUCCCCAGCAUCCCUGAAACCCUUGCACCCGUGAUCCUCCAACGCAAAGCUGCCCGCCUGCGAGUCGAAACACGACACUGGGCAUUACACUCCAAGCUUGACGAGGAACCCGUCCACCUCAAUGCCCUUAUGCGCAAGUACGGCCUCAAGCCCCUCCAGAUGAUCACCCAGGAGCCGAUCCUCAUCGUCAUGACAAUCUACAUCAGCCUGGUCUACGGCAUUCUCUACCUCAUCUUCUUCGCCUUCCCCUUCAGCUUCGAAUUCGACCGCGGCUGGGCAUUCGGCACAUCCUCCCUCCCCUUCAUCGCCAUCUUCAUCGGCGUCAUCUUCGCAUGCACGUACAUGGCCUGGGAAACCCAAAACGUCUUCCAGCCAAAACUCGCCAAAGCACAAAAGCUCAUACCAGAAGAGCGGCUCCCACCGAUGGUCGUGGGCUCGGUGGUAUUAGUGAUCGGCCUAUUCUGGUUCGCAUGGACAUCCUUCCCAUCCAUGAACCCCUGGCCGCAGAUCAUCGCGGGCGCGUUCAUCGGCGGAGGGAUCAUCAUGGUCUUCAUGCCUGCGGUUAUCUACUUGGUGGACGUCUAUCUUUACGAUGCAAACUCGGCGCUUGCGGCGAAUGCGUUUGUGAGGAGUAUCGUGGCAGCGGCGUUUCCCUUGUUUUCGACCAAUAUGUAUCAGAGCUUGGGCGUGCAGUGGGCGACGAGUCUGUUGGCGUUUCUGUGUGUUGCGCUGGUUCCUUUUCCGGUGCUUUUCUAUCUCUAUGGGAGGAAGAUUCGGGGCUGGAGCAAGUUUGCUUUGAUGCUGGACUGA